CUGGAUAUAGGCGCACCCAAGCUGCGGCAAUAGUUCCAUCAUGUUCGCCUCGCAGGCGGUCAAAGCACUUCCGGAUUUCUCGCUGGACCUUUCGGAUCCAUCCGACUGGGAAGCAGGCUUGCUUAGGACGAUACCCUAUCAUCUUGAUGUGACUGCAGUCGCGACAGACCCCGUUUCUGGGUUGUUUGCCGUAGGGACCGCGCGAGGUGCAAUAUAUAUCUACGGCUCUCCUGGUGUUACACACAGGUUGAAGCUCACUGAGCCCGCUGGCCUGCGGGUCAAGCUGCUGCAAUUUGCUGUCUCUGUGCUGAAGCUCUUGUGUAUCGACGAGCACAAUUGGCUACAUGUGUGGGACCUUACCUCCGUUGGGCGGCCUACGCUACAACGGAUUACCGGCUUCGGUCAACCCGUACACGCAUUGGUUACCUCCCCAUCGCAUACCCAUGCGUUCAUUGCCUUAGCAGAUGGAGAAAUCAAGACGUACGACUUGCUCUGCUCACGCAUAUCCCCGUAUGCCAUACCGAAUCAGUGGAGGCUCUUCGAGAAGAAAUCGCUAGCAACAGAGCUUUCCAUCACCAGUGAACCUGGCUCCGAUGUGAUCAUCGACAUGGUAAUUCAUCCGCGUGACUUGAACCUUCUUUUCGUGGCCUAUGAAGGUGGUGUACUUGUCUCAGACCUGAAAGAGCAAAAUACUGUCAGAGCCUUCGAACUCAUCUUGUCCCCCGGUGCGCCUGGAGGCUCUGGAUUCCACGCGAAGGACAUUCUUCUACCCCGCCGCCUGCAAGCUACCGCAUUGGCUAUACACCCCUCAGGUCACUUACUAGCCGUCGGCUACGCUGAUGGCACUAUCGGCUUUUGGGCUCUCGAAGACGAGAAUAAGCCACUAGCUCUCCGCACUCUUGAUAGCACAGGUGACGAGGAUCUCAGCGCCAUCGACACUGCGAAGCUGGAGUCGGUGCUGUCUGCCCCGCAAGAUCAUCCAGUCGAGCCACCGCGCGAGCCCAUCUUCAAGCUUGCCUGGAGCGGAUUCCCGAACUCCUCCGACCCUCGCGGGGGUAACACCGUGCUGACAGUCCUCGGAGGUAUGACGAUCGACGCGUCCCCAGGUGUCACUGCGCUGCUCUUUCCGCCACUCCAGCCUCCGGCCCCUCCGAACCCUACGUCGCCCAAACCAGCUGGUGUGCCCGACCUACAUCCGCACACGCGUGCGGCGAUGUGCGACUCGCUCAUAGUAAAAGACAUCUAUACUUACGUAACGGCUGGCCCCGUCCAGGACUUCCUUCUCUUCCCUCGCUCGAACCCCCACUUCUCCGGCCACUAUGACCCGAGCGCGAUAGUCGUAACGUCAGACUCGGACGUUCCGGAGGCCCGCAUCACCGAGGCCUUCGAAUUUCCGCCUCCCACUUUCGUCAGCUUACCUGGGAGCCCUGGAGCUGUCGCGUCAAGCGGUGAUACUCAAGAUGCAGAGGGCGCCGGUGCGGCGGACGCUUUGGCGAAAGAGCUUGCCAUGACUAUGCAGGCGAUGUCUAUGUCCGACGAGGCCCGACUUGCUAGACUUCCGCUGUGCCUUUGGAGUGUCUUGGGCGAGUACCUCGUCAAGGUGGACAAGCAUACGUAUGAUACAUUGGUUCAGGACAAGCUCGUACCUAUCGACGGAGAGAUCCCCCUUCCUAUCAAGGGAGGCCUGGCGUGGUCGGAAGACCCAGAUGGUAUCAUGAAGCUCAUCAAGCUACAAUCCCACAGGAUCAUGAUCACACACCUACGCGAUCUCUCCGUCCGUUUCCUGGACGUGAGCCCGCACCUCCUGGUCAGCACCGGACCAAAUGCACCCCAUACCAGCAGCUUCCCCUCUCCGAUACCCAGACUGACUAUCGAGCUCGCGCCACUCCUCAUCGACCACUCGCUUGGUCUCUCGCGCAUACAAUCCCCUUCCGCGGGAUACGACCCUAGGUUGACGAAGGAAAGGAUAGACGCUGUACAUUUCGUCCCGGAGGCUCUAGAAUGUGUGACGGUACUGCGGAGCGGCGCCGUCAUCCUGCACAGGUUGAAUGUACCGAACACGGAGGGAGCCUUCGGCCAGAAGUCGCUUCCGGAUGAUGAGCUCGUCUCCUUGUCGCAUAUACCGCCCCGAGCGGGCUUGCGGUACAGCCCUGCAUUCGGCGUGAAGCCGCACAAGACUCGCGGAUCUGUUACUGCGUGCGCGCUGUGCGAUGUCGGCUUCCUUGCGGUGGCCUACGCUUCGGGCUCUUUACUCAUCAUCGACUUCCGUGGUCCGCGAGUAAUAUUGCGCCACGACCCCGACUCGCACAGCUCAUCAAGCUUCCUCCACAAGCACUCAGACGCCGAGCCAGUACUGUCUCUGUCGUGGACGUGUUGUAGCACAUCCUCAGACCUGGAAGUACGCCUUCGCCUCAUUUGCAGCGCAGCUUCUGGAGCCACCUCGAUAUAUGCCCUAGCGCACGACGCCGCUGGUACGUGGAGCGUCACCCAGCCUCCCGUGGUUGUAGACGCCCCCGCGCGCCCAAUUCCUGGCGGCUGCUUCGUACUUGACGCGAGGACGGGAGCCAGAUGUCUAGCAAAUCGCCAGGGCCUUGCCACGGUUCUGCAGACAGAGGGAGCCGCUGACGCGGACAGGAAGUUUGUCCUCGUCGCGGCCGGGGCGAAGGGCGUGCGAUGCACGCUUGGCAUAAACGGAGAGAAAAUCGCGAAGGUGGACUGGGGGAGCAAAGUCGGCACUAUCCAGCACGUCGAGGUGGUCCAACGGAGUGACUCGUGCGCGCUCGUGGCAUAUACGAGCCUUGGAAAUGCACUCAUCUACUCUCUUCCACACCUCGAGCAGAUACACACCCUUCCGCUUCCCGCACUAGGGUCUUCCGACCCCCCAAGCACCGACGACACGGGAGAUUUGAUUACCCACACCGCCUUCCCUACGCCCGCAGGGUCAUCGCUCCGGCCCCUGCUCAGCAGCGAGAUACACACACUGUUCUCCCGCCGCCGCAAAGGUCCAUAUACCCUCCCGUUGGUCGACCUCGCACAUGGGCGCGGGAAAGUCCCGUCGCAGCCGCAGCCCGUCUCUCUCGGUCCUCCUUCGAUGAUGGGCUCCGUGAUGGGAUAUAUCGGCUCCUUCACCGGGGCAAGCGUGGGAGACCAGAUCGACGCCCUGCUUGCGGGCCCUGACAGACCCGUUGUGCCCGUGAGCAGACUAAGUGCGCGCCCAAGUGCUGCACCCACGGGCGGUACGGCCGGGUCUUCCUCUCAAGCCUCGGUGUCUGCGGCUGCCGCGGGAAUGUCCAGCGGCGUGGCUGAUCUGUACAACAAGCUCGGAACGGCGUUGAAUGAGAGAGGAGAAAUGCUCGGGGACUUGCAGCAAAGCAUGGACUCCUUGGAACAAGGGAGCAAGAGCAUGGUCGAGCAGGCGAAGAGACUUGCAACGCAGCAGGGUAUGAAGAGCUGGUUCGGGUUCUGAAGCUCCGGCGAUCUUGCGCACAACUUGAAGCCUCGAUGAUGCGCCCGAAAUGCUCCCGAAGUCUCACAAAUUGUACCAUCAGAUAUCACAUGUACUCACUAC